AUGCUAAAGGUGUCCCUUUGGAAAGGUAUUAUCCGUUUUGGAAAGCGAGUGAAGCUAAGCCCCUAUUUCCUUGGACCGUUUAAGGUUUUAGCUAGGGUGGGACUUCAAGCUUAUAAACUAGAACUACCACCCGAAAUGGCCGGGAUCCAUAACACAUAUCAUGUGUGUUACCUUCGCAAGUGUUUGGCGGAAGAAGAAAGUGUGAUACCAUUUACGGAAAUUCAUGUGGACGAGGAAAACCGAUGUGUUGAAGAACCAGAAGCCAUCUUGGAAAUAAAGACCAAAGUGCUCAGGCACAAAGAAAUUGUCAUGGUUAAAGUACAAUGGAAGCACCACCGAGAGUCGAACGUAACUUUGGAAGCGGAAGAGGACUUGAAGAGGCGUUACUCUCGUCUCUUCGCGUGA